AGUUCCCCGGAUGCAGUUGUGAUUGACUGUACACGGCUAAAAAGUUUCGCUCUAGUCGAGAGGUGCGUCUGCAGCCCGUGUGGUAGGUCGGUGUUAGGAAGGCAGCAGGACAGAAUGCAGAACGUAAAGUGUGUAGUGGUGGGUGACGGUGCCGUGGGUAAAACAUGCCUCCUCAUCUCCUACACCACCAACGCUUUCCCUGAGGAGUACAUCCCCACCGUGUUCGACAACUACAGCGCCCAGAUGACGGUUGACGGCCGCAUCAUCAGCCUCAACCUGUGGGACACAGCCGGACAAGAGGAGUACGACCGCCUCCGUACUCUCUCAUACCCCCAAUCCAACGUCUUCGUUAUCUGUUUCUCCAUCGGGAGUCCUUCAUCCCACGCCAACGUCCGCCACAAGUGGCACUCGGAGGUGUCUCACCACUGCCCCAGCGUGCCCAUCCUCCUAGUGGGGACCAAGAGUGACCUGAGGAAUGAUGGGGAGACGGUGAAGAAGCUGAAGGAGCAGGGUUUAGCUCCCAUCACAAAGCAACAGGGGAACAGCAUCGCUAAGCAGAUAGGAGCGAUGAAGUACAUGGAGUGUUCCGCUCUGACGCAGGAAGGGGUCAGGGAAGUGUUCACCGAGGCAGUACGGGCCGUGUUGUAUCCCGUUACCAAAAAGAAUGCCAAGAAGUGUGUACUGUUGUAAUGGAGGGACACAGAUGGGGAGAAGGAGGGAGAGACAAUGACGGCGCAAGUACUGUUGUACUGUUGUAAUGGAGAGACACAGAUGGGGAGAAGGAGGGAGAGACAAUGAUGGCGCAAGGUUGAGUUUGUUGGAGGAGAUAGACUCAGCCCCCAGGCCUCUCGGGCCCCCUCUGCCUCUCGGGCCCCCUCUGCCUCUCGUGCCCCCUCUGCCUCUCGGGCCCCCUCUGCCUCUCGGGCCCCCUCUGCCUCUCGGGCCCCCUCUGCCUCUCGGGCCCCCUCUGCCUCUCGGGCCCCCUCUGCCUCUCGGGCCCCCUCUGCCGCUCGGGCCCCCUCUGCCUCUCGGGCCCCUCUGCAUCUCGGCCCCCAGGCCCCUUUGCCUUUAAAGACUCUUGAUUCAGCUCACUUCUCUCCUUCUUCCAGCCCCUCAAAAUCAAAUCUGGAACUCAGUUAGUUCCACUGCUUUUUUCCCUAAUUCCCCUCUAAUCAGGGACUGAUUUAGACCUGGGACACCAGGUGGAUGAUUCCCCUCUAAUCAGGGACUGAUUUAGACCUGGGACACCUGGUGUGUGCAAUUAAUUACAAGGUAGAACAGAAAACCAGUUGUUCGGACCUUUGUAGUGUCAGAGCGGAGUACCCUGGCUCUAUUCCUUGUCCUCAGAGUUUAAUCCACUUCUAAUUCUAUCAUCACCAAAGUGACUAUACCAACAGGGUGCAGAUAGCCUCACUCCUCCCAGUCCGCUCCAACCUGUUAGUGUUGUCACUUGACUCAUUCCUCCCAGUCCGCUCAAACCUGUGUUAGUGUUAUAACUUGAUUUUUUGUUGUUGCAAUGUUCGAAAGAUGCUUCUGCGUAAAUAAUCGGUCUAUUUUGUUUCGUAUGAUCCCUUGCCUUAAGAUGUUUCUUAAUAUGCCAUGAUGGCCGAUCCUCAACAUACAGUGACCUGAUAGAGCUGGAGAGAUGAGCUCUGUCUUAGUAAGCGGUUAAUCAUGACCUCAAUCACAGCCUCUCCAGUCGGUUAUUCAGGCUAUCCGUCAAGGACUGUUGCAAACGCACCUGGAAAUAGCCUUUACGUUUUGGGCAUCUUGUUCUGUGCAGCUCUCUGCUUUAGCUCGGCGUCCAGUUUACCUUCUUAAUGUCCCUUCAAAUGGAUAUUAGCCUAAUCCAAGUAUGAUGCAAGGGCCAAAGCAAUGGGGUUGUGUGCAGACAUUUUAAAAUCAAUUAAUGGAUUGGUUGGAUGAAUGUUGUGAGUUUGUAUGAUUUAAUGCUGACAGGAAUGGUGGAAUGACGGACAUAUCAGAUUGUUGGUUCUAGUUAUUUAUGCCAAUUACAUUUUAAUGUGCUUUAUUGUAAGAUAUCUGACGUUUAUUGUAUCUGCCUUAUUGAUUAUUUGCUUUAGAUGCCAAAACUGUUUAGUAGCUGUGUGUGUGUGUGUGUGUGUGAGAGAGAGAUACUAGAGUUGAUUAAACUCCAUCUUACAUCCUCUCAGAAGAACCAGAGCUUUAAAUGAAACCAAAGCUUCUUUAUCAAAGUUCCAUGAAACCACUUUUUGACAUUACACAAUAUUUCUCCCCUCUGUCUACUCUAAGACGGAUGUAGCCCUGUAAGUGACAUCAGAGAAGUGGUGUGGGUGUUGUGGUGUGAACUUGUGUUCACAGCCCUUAGCGUUUGCCUCUAGAAUGCUACAACCUAUAUAAUGCUGGUAAAUGGAGGCUGGGGUUUGAUUACUGACUGUGAUAACUGACAAUAACUACAACAGGAAAUAGGGCUAAGAUUGCACAUUUAUUUUGGCAGAUUUUAUUUUUUGCAUUUUAUUCAUUAAAUGAAAUGUGGGCAGUAUAGUCUGGACAUUGAUAGGGUAUCAUGCUGAAAAUGUACAGGGUCAGACCUAUUUAUGUUUGCAUCACAAAUGGCACCCUACUGCCUUUUUAGUGCAUCAAGUAAGUAAUAGGGUACCAUUUGUGACUCACUCAGAUUAUUAAAGAAUAAAACCAAGAGAGCAAUUAAAACUCAUUCUUAUUUUAAAUAAUCUUUUUAAAAAAUCGAUAUAUUUAGGUGUUCAGCUGGUAGUUUGAAUAUUAACUUAACAGUAACCAAUCAUGGGAGUUCUCUCCUAGGUAAGGAGAGAGAUGCAAAUUAUUGUUUGUGAGAAAAACCUCUGUGUGGAAGAAACAUGUCACUCCACCUCAAGUUCUAGAGGGAGUUCACUUUUUACUCUGUCAUGUGGAGGUCCUUCGGGGCUUCGUGGAAACAGAUGUUGGUUGAACAUAUCGUUGAGACUGUGUUUAGUGUUUAAGAGAAGGAAAGCAUGUCUUGUCAGUGUAAAUGCUAUGGGUUGCUUGUUGUGCUACCGUGUCCGGAUAUUUACUCUGUCUAAACAGACCACACACCUGUGGCUGUUUGAUCUGCGGUCUUACAGCUAGCUCUGUGUGUGUAGGCCAGUGUUUUCACAACUCCUGUGGCCCCCAAGGGGUUUGGGUUUUUGCCCUAGCACUACGCAGCUAAUCAACGCUUGAUGAUUUUUUGAAUCAGCUGUGUAGUGCUAGGGGCAAAAACCCAAAUGUGGACCUCUUGGGGUCCCCGGGACCGAGUUUGGGAAACAAUGGUGUAGGCUAGUGUGUAUGUGUGGGGUACUCUAUAAUACACUGGGACGUGAUUUGUUUGUAGAAUUUUUGUAAUUUCAUAUAUUCUGAACAAAAAUAUAAACGCAUUAUGCAACAAUUGUUUGGAUUACGCUGAGGUACAAUUCAUAUAAGGAAAUCGGUCAAUUUAAAUAAAUUAGGCCCUAAUCUAUGGAUUUUACAUGACUGGGAAUACAGAUAUGCAUCUGUUGGUCAAAGAUACCAUAAAAAAAAAAUAUUACAAAUCUUGUCACGGCAUCUCUAUGCAUUCGAAUUCAAUAAAAGGAAAUUGUGUUUGUUGUCCUUAGCUUAUGCCUGUCCAUACCAUAACCCCACCGCCACCAUGGGGCACUCUGUUCAGAACGUUGACAUCAGCAACCCGUUGGCCGACACGACGCCAUACACGUGGUCUGUGGUUGUGAGGCUGGUUGGACGUAAUGCAAAAUUCUCUAAAAUGACGUUGGAAGCGGCUUAUGGUAGAGAAAUGUAACAUUUAAUUCUAUGGCAACAGCUCUGGUGGACAUUCCUGUAGUCACCAUGGCAAUUGAAACUUCCUUUAAAACAUGAGACAACUGUGGAGUUGUGUUGUGUGACAAAACUGCGUAUUUUAGAGUAGCCUUUUAUUGUCCCCAGCACAGGGUGCACCUUUGUAAUGAUCAUGCUGUUUAAUCAGCUUCUUGAUAGGCAACACCUGUCAGGUGGAUAUGAGAAACGCUCACUAAUAGGGAUGUAAACACAUUUGUGCACAACAUUUGAGAGAAAUAUGCUUUUUGGGAUAUUUUAUUUCACCUCAUGAAACAUGGGACCAACACUUUACAUGGUGUGUUUUAUAUUUUUGAUCAUUGUAUAUCAAAAGUCUAUUUGUAUAAAUUAACAAUGAAAUGAUUUUAAACUAUGCUAAAUAAAAUUGUUAUAGAUAAA